GAAGAAGAAGACAGUUGUGUAACCCCUGUUACAUCAGCUCCGUGGUAACGUUAGGUAAGCUAGCUGUUAUGCAGCUCUGUGGGUAACUAGCUGCUCUGGUUUCAAUGGUCUCCUCCUCCAGGCUGCGUUUGGUUUGGCGUCACUUUAUCAACAGUAGAAUGGGAGACAUGGCCACCAAAGCACAGAUGCCAAACCCAGAGACAGCGCUACCUGGCCGGGCUGACGGCAUCAAAGUCUCCGCCAAACAUGAUGUGAAUGGAAACAGGACUAUUCCGCCCUUUCCAGAGGGGACACAGAUGGUGAUGUUUGGCAUGGGCUGUUUCUGGGGAGCAGAGAGGAAGUUUUGGACACAAAAGGGAGUUUACUCCACCCAAGUGGGCUACUCUGGCGGCUACACUCCAAACGCCACGUAUGAGGAAGUGUGCACAGGCAGAACCGGCCACACUGAGGUGGUGCGAGUUGUUUACCAUCCAGAGAAGAUCAGCUUCAACAGCCUGCUGAAGGUUUUCUGGGAAAGUCACAAUCCCACUCAAGGAAUGCGUCAGGGGAACGAUGUCGGGACAACGUACCGCUCUGCCAUCUACGCCUACACUCAGCAGCAGCUUGAGGAAGCGUUGGCCUCCAAGGAUCAGUACCAGAAGGUUCUUGCAGAGGAAGGUUUUGGUUCAAUUACAACAGAAAUCACUGAAGCCAAACCGUUUUAUUACGCUGAGGAUUACCACCAGCAGUACCUGAGCAAAAACCCACAUGGAUACUGCGGCCUGGGCGGGACAGGAGUCACCUGUCCAAUCGGACUCGGCAAAAAGUCCUGAGAAAUCCUCACCCAUCUAUAAAAUACCCAAAGAACAGCCAACAUCAAACAAAUCCAAAUAAUGUUGUUCAGCUUCUUAUCAUACAUGAUUUUUAACUUCCUGCUUUGUACAUCUGUAAGACUGAAUUCUUUUUGAAAAAAAUUGUGAAAUAUCUUAUUUUUUUUGCUGGGAUUAUUUUUAUAAUCUGUUUAAUGAGUUGUUUU